UUGGUAAGUCAAGACGAGUAUCGCGCGGGUCGCGGCUGUUUUCCUGUGCGGAGAGGAUGACUCGGUUAUUAUUAUUUAUCAUUUCUUUAUUUAUUCGACUCAUUGGUCGUUCGUAAAAAGGUUCUGAACACCGAUAUUACGAUAAACGGAUCAUGGGGAGAUCGCAGCCUUCGUAACAGAACGAUAAACAAACCACUCGCGAUUCGUAGCAUAAUCAGUGCAAGUGUCGCACGAUUUUGUUUAUCCUACGUGUACAUGUCGAAGUGUGGUAAACAAACGACACUAGGAGGAAUGUUCCGGUUAUAGCUUCCCAUUUGUGUGAAAUUUGCCAUCUAAUUGUAAGCCGCGCAUUACGACAUGACAUUAUGUAGACAUAUAAGAUGUUAUACCCGGCUUCUCAUCGGAUGUUUCGAAGCUUGUGUCGGACGCGAAUUGGUAACAUCAUUACGAAUAACAUUUUGACCGACGACGAUGUGAAUAUAAAAACUAUCGACAAGCAAUGUUCGAGCAGGCUAUUCAGGCUCAUAAUUUACCGUUUCGGUGUCAGAUCAUGACCGUGGGCAUCGUGCCUUUGAAGAAUAAAAGUCGAGCCGUCGGAAAAUCGUUAUCGGUAGUUUUGGUAAUUUGUUCGAAUUAAUGAUUGUAUAUAACAGUGUUUCAGUCUUUGAGAUAGUUCUCAUCUGCAAAAAUAAACCAUUAAAUUGUGUAGCGUGCUAGUCAAAAUCGUAAUGUUAUUGUGAAGUGAAGUAAUAAAAGUGAGUGCUCUCGGAUCGUGUAGCUGUGCCGCAGGGAAGCGAAGUGGGCUAACAUCCUGCAGGCGCUGGACGAUUGGCGAACCUACAUGUUUGAGGAAAGAAAAGAUGAAUGAUGAAAAUACCGGUCAUUGUCCACUCCGUCUCCUCUCAAUCAACGCGGUGCUACGGGAUCGUCGAUGAGUAGAAGAUCGGGUACGGAGUACAGAGUGACUUGGGAAUUUGAAUUCAACUUGAAUGGUGAGAUGCGAGGAACGCAGCUUCAAGGAUGAAUCGAAAGAACAGCGUUUUGUCAACCCGUUAAUCACGACAGUUCGGAAAGCGGAUGCAAGGAAGGAACGCGCAUCCGACUAACGACGCAGCAGACGAAGGGGAUGCGAUUGUCUGCUACCAGUGCAACAGCGAGUACGAUCCUAGAUGCGGCGAUCCCUUUGAUCCGUACAGCCUGGGCACAGUAAACUGCAGUUUUCAACCGCGGCUCGAACACCUUGGGAACGCCGAUCCGACUCUGUGCAGAAAGACCUCGCAAAGAAUAUACGGAAAAAUACGGGUCGUACGAGGUUGCGGCUUCAUAAAGGAUCCUAGAGACGACAAAGAUUGCGUGGGAAGAAGCGGCACGCACGACGUUCACACAACGUUUUGCUCGUGUACAACCGAUCUCUGCAACGCGGCAACAACACCUCUUGCAAACUCACCGGCAUCCCUGAUUCUCGGUGUUUUAGUCGCCAAAGCCUUCGUUACUUUUUCGAUCAAACAAUAGUAUCAUCUCACCGAUAAAUUACAUUCUCAUGUACAGCGUAAGUAUAUGACUGCGAAUCUCAGUCCAAAGGAGAAAUAAUUAUAUCAUUAUUAUAAUUGUUAUACCCCUGAUAUACCUCUAGUAUUAUAUGAUCAAAUUUUACAUAAUUUUUAUUUAAAAAAAUUUUUAAAUAAGGAUGGUCAAACACAACAAAUCUAAUUUUUUUUUUUUUACUUAGGUUCAGAGAAUCUUAUAGGCAUAAAUUGUAACGCGCUGAAGUUUUCGUGCAAGCGAAUUAUCGAUCCCGAAUAAUAAUCUUUUCAAAUUUCGCGUCGUUAUUUUAUUACACUUGCCACAGCUUUUACAUCAUAUUAAUCAUUAAGAUUGACUGAAAUGCCAAAUCUACGAAAGUUGUCUCGAGAAAAUAUUUGGGUGGCAUUUUGAAUAGGUCGGAGAAUCCACUUAUGCUUGAAUCUUUAAGGAUAUAUUUAAGGGAAAAGUUCAUAUGCAGAAUGUCGAGGAUAUAAGUUGUUAUCACAGAAUUAUGAUAACAAGUAAAGUUUUAGAUAAAGGCUUGACGAUAAAAAAGAAAUUUUGCUGCAUUGAGCCUGUAAGAUAAUUUUUAGUUGGCAUUGUGCAAUUUUUUUCCGAACGGUGCAUAAUUAAUACGCGAUGAUAAAGAAAAAAAAAAAUUAACAAGUGGAAUAUUAUAGAGAUACCAAAGACGUAAUAAUGAAUUAGUAUAGUAAACUGUUAGGUAGCUGAAAACAAAGUAUUAUAUAAAUUGAUAAAAUAACAUUUAAUGUGAUAAUACAAGGAUUCGAAAUGACGUAAAGCGAAAUGAGUUAUAUUUAAAAACAAAAUCAACACUCCGUAGAGGAAAUAAUAUUUAUUAGAUGUCACUUAGAGCAAUACAAUGAUGGAAUUGAUCGAUAGAAUUGAAAAUGAAUUUAUUUGCUUUAAGAAGAGUUGAGUUACGCUUGCUGUUAAAUUUAUCACGUAUAUUUGGUUCAAUAUAAUCACACAUAUUAAUUAUAACAAAUGUGUAUAAUAUAUAUAUAUACAAUUCGAAGUACAUUUAAUUACAAAACAAAUGAAUAAUUCGAUGUCAUUGAAUAAUUAAAUUUCGGCUACACCGUCAACCUUCUCCGAAUUUUACCGUCAAUCAUUAGAGUAUUGAAAAGUCGAUGUAUGCUACAUAUCCACGCAAAUGUGUAUAAUAAUAAUAUACUUCGAAUUCUUAUAAUUCGGCAGACACCAAUCGCGUGCAUUUCUAUACGUAUAUACAGAGCAAUAAUAGACAAAAAUUAUUUAUUAAAACGUUCCGUCGUUUUUACGUGUAUAGAAAUUGUUUAAUCACGAAUAUUAUAUAAUUAAGCAAUAUAUAUACUUAUAAUUCGUAUAUCAAAGUUAUAUACCGAAGAAUCUUUGCGUGUGCAGUUGCAACAUAAAAAAUUGCAUAUUACAAUUAUAACGUUGAACGUAUUACCCGUGAUAAAAACUCACACGCAUAAUAUCAAAAUAUAUUAUCACUUACUUACUCCUUGCGGCUAUAUCUGUAUUUUAGGUUUUUUCUGCACUGCUAUUUCAUUUACGGUAUAAUACAUAAUAUAUAUGUAUACUGAAAUUCGUUGCACCUAAAAAAUUGAUAUUGCAUUAAUUGCAGUUUUAUUAUUCUGAAGAAUAACAUCCUGCAGACCAGCUAUCCUCUCGUCUCAACUCGUUAGACAUAUCAACAAAUGAAUUUUCGCAAGAAAAUCGCAAUUACAUAAAUAUAGUAUUAUGGUUAGUUAUCAUAUGUAGCCGAAGCAGAAGGAGAUUCGUUGUACAGUGUUAUCGACGUCCGGGACAAUCCAGGAUGUCCAGCGACCUGGAAUUUGCCUUUCUUUUUAUUCUCUCCUCCCUCGGGCUUGAACGACAAAUCUUAAACCUCUUAUACCGAGGAAUUCGGUGAAAGUGCCCAUUGAAAACUUUAAUGUUAUAUUUUAUUGAAUCUCUAUCCUAAUAUGUUUCAUGUCACGACACUGAUAGUUUUGACCUAUUCCAUAUGACUACGAAAGAUGCAGGCGUGCGUUCGUUCGUUUCUGGUGAAAAAAAAGACGCAACAUUUUUAUGGAGAUUUGUACAUAAAUCGUCCAGGCGUUGGAGAUUCUACACGUAUCUGUUCAUAUAAUAGGUACAAAGAGUUAUUGCUGUUGAGAAUGACAUACGAACUAUCGUACACAAUUAUUGUACGAACAAUUCUAAAUUAUAUAUGCUGAUAUAGUGUAAAUAAAUAUUAUACGAGUAAUAGAAAAAAAAAUUUGGAAUAAAUGCUUGAAGUCAAAUAUGUAUAAUCUUCGAUCUGUGGAUCAGGGAAAUAUUUAAAAUAUUAUAUAUGCAACAUGAAAGUCGGAACCGUCUAUAUAUAUAUACUAAAUUGUUACAGAAAUUAUGGAGAUCGUUAGAGAUCAGUUAACUUUGACAGUUUAAGAAGUUGAAGAUUCAGUUACCUUGAAAUUAUUUUCAGAACAAUUCCAUGUUUUGCCCUUCGAAUAAAAUCAGCAAUUGAACAAAAUGUUAGCCUCGCUAAUAAGUAUAAUUAAUACCGAUGAUCAUUAACACUCAAAGGAAUAAAAUAUUCUUCACGCGUGAGUUUGAGAAAUUACAUAUUUCAAGGAAAGAUAUGCACUACAGUAAAAAGACUGAAUCUUGAUUCUUGCUAAUCGUGAAUUUUAACUCGUCCUGAUCUCCAUGUCUUAAAACCACUCAUACAAUAUGCAAAUGUACAUUAACAAGCCAAAAAAAAAAAAAAAAACCACAUUGUAUAAUAAAACUAUUGUCCAGUUAAUAUAGUUUUAGUGUUUUAAUAUUAUUAAAUUAAUAAAGUUUUGAGUGGUUACCUAA